CCUUUAUUUAAAACGAUGAUGAACUCUUCGAACGGAAACAGCAUUGGGUUGCAUAGGCUGGAAAUUAAAAAUUUGGAACCUGACGCCGUCAACAUUUUGCUCGUGGGUGUAAUAAUUGGUAAAAAGAAACCGAAAAUAUUUCAAAGGGAGUCAACCAGGGCCGUUUGGAAUUUCACGUUGCGCGAUUCGCCCCAGCAUUACAUUAAUGUCGCUAUGUGGGCCCCGCCUGAGCAAGUCUUCCAAGCCAAUGAUAGAUUCAAAACCGGAGAUGUCGUGGAGCUUUUAAAUCCUCAAGUGCAACUUAGACAAAUGGGUGAUAGAUCAGAACUAUUUCACCCUAUGGUAACGUCACCGUUUAAGUUAAGCAUGUCCGAGAAGUCUGCCAUUGUGAACCAUCCUGGUAACAGUUUUUAUUUGAAGUUGCUCAGAUAUCCCACAAAACCGACGGCCGCAUUCUUCCCAUUGCAAGAUAUUCAAAAUAGUGGAAGAGCACUUUCAGGUUUUUUUGUCGAUGUUUUGGGUGCGGUCAGAGGGUUGGGGCCUAUUCGAACAGUUACCACGAAAAAUGAUGAAACUAUACAAGUGCGUGAAAUAGAAGUUUUUGAUCACACCUGCCCUAGUUUAAGAAUCACCCUUUGGGAACCCGACCUGAUCCAUAGGUCCGAUGCGUGGAAACCGCGGUAUACCAUUCUCUUCCUUACCGAUUUAACUGUCGAUUGGUCCAGUUUUGGACGCGCUUAUGUCGCGAAAGCAACUGGACGAACCAUUGUGACGGAAAACCCGAUCAGCAAGGAGGCGGAGUCGCUUAUCGAUUAUGUCAAAAACGCGCCAAUUGAAACAUUCGACAUUGUCGAACGAUUACUUACCUCUCUACCAAGUAAUACCGCCACUCAGGAAGUGGUGAACGUUAAGCAACUGCAAGAACGGAUCAACGCAUGCGUUGAUAACGAGGAACACCAGGGGAACAGAUCCUUUAGUGUUUUUCUCUUCGCUUUUGUUAGCCACCUGGAUCUAGAUGGGUUAUCGCAGACCCUCAUUGUAAAAUGCGUCCGCUGUAAAACUGCAAUGAAAGGGGCGAAAUGUGAAAACACCGGUUGCCCCUCUGUAUUCGAGAACGAAGAUACCACUGAGUCAGAAGUAACCUUCGACGUUAAAGUUAUGUUGUCUGAUCACACGGGCACCCUUACCAAUUGUCGAUUGAGCGGGCAAGCAGCGGAAACGGUUCUAGGCUGUUCGGCAGCCGCAUUUCAUUUGAUGUCUGAUGAUCAGAAGUGCGAUUUGAAAUGGAGGUACUUGAUGGAACGUUGCAAAAUUCGCAUCGCAGUUUUAUUUAUGACAAGUCAAUAUCCAACUCUGUCCAUUUUGAAUGUUAGUCUGGCCGACGGUCUGGAGGUUGCGAAAAAGUUAGCGGUUCUCUAAGGGUGAAUUAUGUUUUGUUUUGUUAUUAUUUUUGAUAAAUUAUAACAUGUUCUUUAAAAUGUCGGAAAUAAAAUAAACUAA